AUGUCUAUGUCCAUCGACGAAUGCCAGACGCCGCGGCCCGGCUUCCCUAAGCCGGUGCCCUCGGGCCCAGCGAACGUCCUCGAACAGUUCAGCAUGAAGGGCAAAGUCAUCGUCGUCACGGGCGCAGCGGAGGGCAUUGGUGGAGCAGUCGCUGACGCCAUGGCCGAGGCCGGUGGACAUGUUGCGCUGUGGUACAACUCCAACCCCGAAGCGGAGAAGCGCGCCGAGCGCCUCGCAAAAGAGCACUCGGUCAAGACAAAAGCCUACAGCGUCAACGUAACCGACGCCGAAGCCAUCAAGUCGACGCUCGACAAAGUCGUCGCCGAGUUCGGCAAAAUCGAUGUCUUCGUCGCCAACGCAGGGACUGGUGACUCACAGCCCCUCCUCGAGCAGUCGCUCGACGCCUACCGCAACCUCAUGUCCGUCAACGUCGACGGGCCGGUAUACUGCGCGAAAUACGCGGGCCAGAUCUUCAAGUCCCAAGGCUUCGGCAACCUCAUCCUCACGGGCUCCAUCUCCUCGCACAUUGUCAACGUCCCCGUCGACCAGCCCAUCUACAACGGCUCCAAGGCCUUCAUCACGCACAUGGGCAAGUCGCUGGCGCGCGAGUGGCGCGAUUUCGCGCGCGUCAACAUCGUCAGCCCGGGAUUCUUCGAUACCAAGAUGGGUGCGGGGCCCAAGGUCAUCACAGAGGGGCUGAGGAUGAUUCCGCUGGGCCGACAAGGCCACACGAGGGAGAUCAAGGGCGUGUUUCUGUUCCUCGCGAGCGACGCGUCGAGCUAUGUCACGGGGAGUGAUUACCUCAUCGAUGGCGGUUACGUACUGCCGUAG